AUUGUCAUAUGGGCAAAUCCAUAUGGAGCUCAAUCAGUCAUAACGAAGAGAGAUAGAAGCCCGAUAUAUAUAUGUAUGCGUGUACUUUGAUCCAUUAGUGGACGGAAAUUGAAGGAAAGAAAAAGAAGGAAGAUAGAGAUCAGUCGCGGACUCGCAACAUGUAAUGAUGUGCGAUGGCCCGUCAACGUUUUACACACACUCGAGUCACCUCUACUCCGUUUCACUUGGCUGUGUAAUGAUACGAACGUAUGCGACUUUGACAAAAAUGAUCGAUGACUGAUUGUCAGAACGAGAAAAUUCAUAUCAUCCAACAUUGUGCACGUGUGGAAUAUAUUAUUAUACGUAUCGUAGCUCGUGUAUUUGAAGGUUGGAAUUGACCUUAUUGUGUCUCAUAGUCUAAAGGAAUGGCUGAAGAGGAAAAAGCUGUUCCCUCAUCCAUGACACAAUGCUAUGAAAAUUACAUUAUAGUUGAUGUGGGUGCCAAUUUAACGAAUAAGAAGUAUAGUCGAGAUUUAGAUAGUGUAAUACAAAGGGCAAAGGAUGCUGGUGUACAAAAGAUUAUGGUGAUAGGUGCCAGCAUUCGUUCCAGCAAAGAAGCCUUGAGGCUAACUAGAAUAUAUCCUGGGACACUUUACUCGACAGCUGGUAUACACCCGCAUGAUGCCAAAUCUUGGGAAGAUCCAGACACUUUGCAUGAACUGGAAACCAUAGCCAAUAAUCUUGAAUGUGUUGCAAUUGGAGAAUGUGGCUUGGAUUACAGUCGCGACUUCUCAGCCCCAGAGACUCAACGCGCUGUAUUUCAUAAACAAAUAGAAUUAGCUUGUACAUUAAAUAAGCCAUUAGUAAUACAUGAAAGAAGUGCACAAAAAGAUGUGUUGGAGGUUCUUAGUCAAUAUAAGAAUCGUUUACCGCCCGUUCUGAUUCACUCCUUCAUUGGCACUGCGGAGGAGGCACAGAUUUACUUGAAUCAAGGCUUUUAUCUAGGUAUCACGGGUUACUUAUGUAAGGAUAAGUCUGAUAGCGGAAUAAGACAAUUGUUAGAAGGUGGACAGGUGCCAUUAGAUAAAAUCUUAGUAGAAACUGACGCACCAUUUAUGUACCCCAAUACUAGAGCCAGCAAAUUACCCGCACACGUGAAAGACGCUUUAACCGAACGUUCUAUGAUGUUCCUCCAUCGUUAUUGCACCUUUCAACGUAAUGAACCAUGUGCCUUGCCUGCGAUUGUAGAAAUGGUAGCAGCAUUUAUGCGAACUACGCCGGAGCAAGUUGCGUUAGCUACCGCUUUUAAUGCUCUAAAAUUAUUCGGUUUAAAUCAAUGAUAAUAUUCGGAUCUCACAAAAUUAUAUAAAAUGGUGCUAAUUGUAAGAGAGCAGGUGCUAUAUGAAAGUUUUAUUACUAUGACAGUUUUAUUACGAUUUUUAAUGUAUAAAGCUUUACUUUUUUUUGGAGUCCAAUUCAUUUCUUUACAGUUUUUUUUCUUUUUUAUCAGAAAAAUGGCAGUUAUAUAAUACUUAAGAAAACUGAUUUAAUAAAUGCCUGCUUGCAGAUUAAGAUAAAGUUGAUAAUAAAAUUUACUUAUAAUUAUAUAAGUUUAUGUAGAAGGG